AUUGCCCCUGGGUCCCUGGGCUCAGGGCUUGGGUGUGAGCCCCGCAGCAUCCAAGCACGGUCAUGGCGGCCGAGGAGGUGGUUCAGAUCCGUUUGGAGGGUCGCUGCUACCCGGUGAGCAAGAGGAAGCUGCUGGAGCAGAGCGACUACUUCCGCGCGCUGUACCGCUCCGGCAUGCGCGAGGCGCGGGGCGCGGAGGCCGGCGGCCCCGAGGUGCAGCAGCUGCGCGGCUUGAGCGCGCCCGGCCUGCGCCUAGUGCUGGACUUCAUCGACGCCGGCGGGGCUCGCGAGGGCGGGCUGCUGGGCAUGGCGCCGGGCGACGAGGACACAGACGAGGCGGGCCUGCUGUCCGGGCUAGUGGAGGCCGCCUCCUUCCUGCAGGUUACGGCGCUGCUGCGGCUGCUGCUGUCCCAGGUGCGGCUCGGUAACUGCCUGGAGCUCCACCGCCUGGCGCAGGUGCACGGGUUGCCUGACCUGCAGGAGGCCUGUUUGCACUUUAUGGGCGCCCACUUCCACCAGGUGCUGCGCCAGCCCCACUUCCCGCUCCUGGCAGCAGGGGACCCUGGCCUGCAGCAGAGGCUGAGGGAGGCCCGCAUGACCGGGACACCGGUCCUCGUGGCUCUGGGGGACUUUCUGGGAGGACCGCUGGCGCCUCAUCCAUACCAGGGGGAGCCCCCGUCCAUGCUCAGGUACGAUGAGACUAUGGAACGCUGGUUCCCGCUUGCCAGCAAUCUUCCCCCAGACCUGGUGAACGUCAGGGGCUACGGGGCCGCCGUCUUGGACAAUUAUCUCUUCAUCGUGGGCGGGUAUAGGAUCAGCAGCCAGGAGAUCUCCGCCGCUCACUCCUACAACCCCAGCACUAAUGAAUGGCUCCAGGUGGCCUCCAUGAACCAGAAGAGGUCUAACUUCAAACUCGUGGCUGUUAAUUCCAAACUCUAUGCCAUUGGCGGACAAGCUGUUUCUAAUGUUGAGUGUUACAGUCCUGAGCAGGAUUCGUGGAAUUUUGUGGCACCAUUACCAAAUCCCCUAGCCGAGUUCUCUGCGUGUGAGUGUAAGGGGCAGAUCUAUGUCAUUGGAGGCUACACUACCCGAGAGCGAAACAUGCACAUUUUACAGUACUGCCCCUCCUCCGACAUCUGGAUGCUCUUUGAAACCUGUGAUGUCCACAUCCGGAAGCAGCAAAUGGUGUCAGUGGAGGAGACCAUCUACAUAGUGGGUGGGUGUCUCCACGAACUGGGGUCCAACCGCAGAAGCAGCCAGAGUGAGGACAUGCUCACUGUGCAGUCCUACAACACUGUCACACGGCAGUGGCUCUACCUCAAGGAGAACACAUCCAAGUCGGGCCUCAACCUGACCUGCGCACUCCAUAAUGAUGGCAUCUACAUCAUGAGCAGAGAUGUCACGCUCUCCACCAGCUUGGAACAUCGAGUUUUCCUGAAGUACAACAUCUUUUCAGACAGCUGGGAAGCAUUUAGGCGUUUCCCAGCCUUUGGACAUAACUUGCUGGUUUCCUCUCUUUAUCUGCCGAAUAAAGCAGAAACAUGACUGAACUGACCUAGCACUCUUAAAAGCCUAGUUCAAAACGUGCACACUGCAUACAUACACAAGGGAGGCUGAUUUCUAAAGGGAAAGUGUGUGUUAAAGUAGUCACGGUAAUGCCAGUAGCAGCUGUAAAUAAGCUUCCUUGAACCAGUUACUUGAACAGUUGUGAAAAAAAGAGACCAACUUUAUUAUGUUUUAAAUUACUGAUUUUUAAAUUUUGGGAACAAAUCCAUGAUGUGUUUUCAUCAAAACAUGAGUAGAGUCAGUAACUAAAAUAGAUCAUUAAAAACUAGGCUCAUUGCUUGGUAAGGACUUAAUUGAUAAAUGGUAAACACAGUUUUUAAACUUGAUUUUUUUUCGGUUACUUGAAAUUAGCAUUAAUAUUCAAGUAAAUUCUUUUCUGUUUAUCGUUUUACUUGACAAACAUCCAUGCUAAUGUUGCCAUUCUCCCUCUCCUAGUCAUACCCGCAUGUUUAUGAAAGGGUGCUGUGUUCAAGAUAUUUUAUUUAUGCACUGCUUUUCAGGAAACUUACAAUAAUGAAAUGUUAAAGUGGAUCUUGGAAUGCAUUCAUUCCCACCACAACUUACAUAAAUUCAUUCCCAACUAUUUUUCCAAGUUAUGGAUGCUGAAUAAAUAGACUGAUAAAACUUCCUAACUUGCAUGUGGCAAAUUGCAGAUUGAUGUCAUUUACAAAAAAUUGCACUGCCAGGCAUUCUGUGUUUUAAAGAGGGCAUAAAAGGAUGGGUAGGUACAUAUAUUUUUAAACUUGAGUCUUAAGUGAAAAGGAAAUACCAUAUAGAAAGGAAAUACCAUAUAGAAACAGUUUGCCUUUAAGAGCUUUUUUAUUGACUGUAUUUAACUUAGUUCUUAUUUAAAGAUCGAAACAAAACUAUCAUGUUUAAAUUGGAUGCUUUCUAAUUUAAUCUUAGCUUAAUUCAUGUUUUUCUUUUGUGGGCUGAAAUGAGGAUGGGUGCUGGAAAGAGGGGAAGACAUUCGAGACACGCCCACCCUGCAGUGGUCUUCCUGAAGUGUUGGAAGGAUUGGCUGCUGAGCGUGUUGGUUGGGAACAUGAGCAGCUCUCACAGCACUAUUAGUGAGCGACUAAGCAGUUAAGAGCAAGUGAAGUGUCUGCCAGUCACAGGCUGCUGAUUUUUGGAAACACAUACCUAAGCUGGGGAUGUAGCUCAGCAGUAGAGCACCUGCAUGCAGGAAGGCCUGAGUUCACUCCCAGCGCUAAACAACAACUUAGAAGAAGAAUGUUAAUUUAAUUAAAAAACACUUUCAGAGAGUAUCUGUUAUUUUGUAGAACUGGGAGCCAAAGUCCUUUCCUUUUUUUUUUUUUUUUUUUCAGACAUGUUUUGCCCCUUGCUAGUUCAGGCUGACCUAAAACUCAUGAUCCUCCUGCUCCAGCCUCCCAAGUGCGGGGAUUACAGAUGUGCCUAACACCCAGAUAAAGUCCAUUUUUUUUUUUUUUGCAUGAAUAGCAGGCUAUAAUUUCAGUUAUUGAAUGUCUUGUUUUAAGAAAGAUCAGUAGAGAAAAAAGGUCAUAAUCAACACAUUCCACAAUUACACUUUGUGCUGUGCAGAUGCGGUUCACAGGAGCUAAUCACCAGAUUUCUUAAGUUCACUCCAGAAGUCACGAUAUGGGUUUUUGUUUUUGUUUGAUAACCCUGGCCUCUAGUGUAUUUAAAUGAAGGGACUACUUAGAAAAAAAAAAUGGUAUUGCACAACUUUUCAGGAACACAUGUAUUAUUUUAAAGUGAGUAAGCCUUUAUUUUGGACAUGGAAAGGGGUCUUUGAUGUCUUUGUAUCUUGUUACCUAAUAAUUUUUUUUUUUUCUUUUCUCAGACUAAGUCUCGUUAUGUAAUUCAGGUUGACCUUGAGCUCUCUAUGUAGCCCAGGCUGACCUGGAACUAAUGCUGAUCCUUCUGCUCAGCCUUCUCACUGCUGGAAUUAAAAGCAUUCACCACUGUAAUUAUUUGGCUUUACCAAAUAGCCUGUCAGUAGUAUAUUUAUAACACCAUUUAAAGGUCAGUCUCUAUCUCGUUCUGUCUCAACAAGUACUGUUGUAGUUCAGUCUGGCCUCAAACUUCUGCAUGCUGGGAUUACAGGUGUGUAGCACCACAUCUGUCUCUGUGUGUGGGCUUCUAAACCAGACCCAUUCAUUCUCAAAUUCUAAGUCUGUAGAAUUGGCUGAAAACAAUAUAUGCAGAGUAAUCUAGCCCACUGAAUUAGUACUGGAUGAAAAUUGGGGAUUAGUUUAUAAGUAACCACAUCAUAUGAAGUAUAAAGUAUGCUGGCAACCAGUUCAUUCUCUGACUAUUUUCUUCAGUUCUAUUUUUCUAAUACUGAUAAUGAAACUCUUGGACCAAGCAAAAGUAUACUCUGAUCCAGAGUUAUACACAGGUGUGUGUGUGUGUGUGUGUGUGUGUGUGUGUGUGUGUGUGUUUGUGUGUGUGAAUGCCUGUUUGUAUACCAUUUCCUCUUAGGAGGUACGGUCUCCUAGUAAAACUUUGUUAUUGGUUGUCACCAGUGUUUGGGAAAGGUAGAGUGUGUAGGAACAGACCUGUGGAUUUUAUGACAUCUUUCCUGUGUGCAUAUGAGCCUUGCUAAUAUCUUGUGGGGAGUUUUAACAGUUCUGUGCUCUUAUUCGUGUCAAUGUUAGGUUAAAGUUUACUUAGGAUGCAGGCGGGCAUUGUUUCUUUGAAAAUCUCCUCUCAUCCUCUAGGAUUGUCCUUUAAUACCUCUUAUUUUUCCCCCAUUCAUUGCUUUUCAACAAAUGUUUCAUUGUUUUUGUCCUGUCCUCCUCCCCACCCCCGUGCUUCUGAAGGGUUGUGACCUCCUUCUGUGGCUGGAGAUUGGCUUCCCCACAGAGGAUAGUCUGGGUGGUGGAGUGCCCUAGUAUUUAUGGUGGAAGGAGGUGGUAGUUUUGCCUGUCAUUCUCUUUCCUUCCAGUACCCUUAAGAGGCCUUUCCCUUUAGUAUCAUUUAGAAGGUUUUAUUAUGAAUGUGUAAGAGCUAAUUAUUUCAACAGUGUUAGUUAAGUUAUAAUAAAGUAUUGAGAAGGUGAUGGAUACUAAUAUGAGGCAAACAGAAUGAAUGACUAAAGUGAAAAAUGAAAACCAAAGAAAAUUUAACUUUUUUUUUUU